UUUGGCAAUUGUGGACUUGGUGGAAAAUGUUCAUUUUAAAUAGUAAUUAACUAUAUAAACGCUACAAUGACGCAAGUAUUUGUUAGAUUAAGAUUGACAAGUACUUUUGCAUUGUCUGCAAGAUUUAAAGGCCAUCGUGCUGAUCACUGGUCGUCCAAGGCGAAGAAAAAACCAAAGGAUAAAGCGCUGGAUCAUUUCGAUGAUUUUUAUCAAUCCGUUUACGGAAAAGGAUGGCCUGACAUAAGAGAAGCUCUUCUCCAGGAAAAAAGCAAAUACCUUGCAGUAGUUAAUAAUUUCAGUGACAGUGAAAGAGUACGUGAAGAGUUAGAGUCCCUAGGAGCAAUCGACCUUAGAUCGAUUUAUAAGGUUCAGAAGGAACUCUUAGAAGAAGAGGAAUUUCUGGAUGAACAAAAUGGCAAAAAGCGAGCACCCGGAAAAAAGCAAAUUGAUCGAGAGAUGAGUUCAUUUCUGUCUAAAAAACAGUUGUCAGAAUUGGAAUCAAUUUAUCCAGCUGACUCCAAUGUGGAAGCAACAUCUCUGAGAGAAGUUGAAGAAUUAAAGGCAAAAUCUUUAAAUGAGCUUGAUGAAAAUGAAGGGUUCGAUUUAAAAGUGACUGAACCGCUCCAACCUGUGACAUUGAAAUCAAUUGAAUCAGAAGUUGAAAUUGAGUUGGAUUCUAGUCGAAUUAUAACUCCAUCAAGUGGAUUAACUCUCUCCGCAUUGCAAGAAUAUAUUCCUGCAACCAAACUUAAGGGUUUGGAAGAUUUCAUUCUUGAGUCGGAGCAUUAUAGUUAUUACAAACAAGGAUCAGAUUUCACUGUCACGAUUGAGAAGGAACCAUCUAUGAGUAUUCCAAAGCAUCUGACAAUGUAUACGUUUGAAGAGAUGAACAACAGUAGAUUCAAGUCAGCGAAAAGAGGAUCUACGGGCGUUGUUGACUACUAUCUACUCGAUGGAGGAUCUGUUUUGCCAGUUUUAGCUCUCGAUUUACAGCCAGGAGACAGAAUUCUCGAUAUGUGUGCAGCUCCCGGAGGAAAAUCCUUUUGUGCAAUACAAACACUUUUUCCCAGCCUGAUCGUCAUGAACGAUGUCCUACCUAAACGAGUAAAAAGGAUUCACGAAGUAAUCGAACAAUGCUUGUCAGCAUUGGACGAAUGGGGAGGAAGAUUGCUGAUUACUCAAAACGACGCGAGAAUAAUCGAAGACAAAAAUGUUUUUAACAAAAUUUUAGUUGACGUUCCGUGCACGAAUGACAGGCAUUCCUUGCAUUCUGAUGACGGCAAUUGGUUUAAGAGUGUUUAUAUUAAGGAAAGGUUAAAGCUACCAGAGCUUCAAACUGAUAUUUUAGUGAAUGCUUUAAAACUGGUAUCAGUGGGUGGGACUGUUGUUUAUGCAACCUGUUCACUUAGUCCUGUACAAAAUGACGGCGUGGUUCAGAUGGCUUUGAAAAAAGCUUUUGAAGAAGCGAAAGUAGUGAUGGUCGUGAAAGACAUUUCUAAAGGAUUGAAGCCCCUUGAAUGUCUUUACAAUUUUGGAAAUUAUGGCCUCAAAUAUGGCCACAUUGUUAUACCAACAAUGGGAAACAACUGGGGUCCAAUGUACUUUUGCAAAAUGACGAGGGUUAAAUAAAUAAGUGGUACUGUUUGCUCAGAAGCUUCUUCCAGAUGAACUUCUGCAGAGUUAACAUUAUUCCACGGUUGUUCUUUCCCUGUUCCAAACAUCGUGUAAAUUAGCAUUUCAACGAGGUAAAAU